UCUACUGCAACACCCCCCCUUCCCGCGCCGCGACCGCCUCUUUUCUCCUCCUCCUCCUCCUCCUCCUCCUCCUCCUCCUCCUCCUCCUCCUCACGAUGCGCCGCCGUCCGACCCCACGAACAAUCACCAUCUAAACGUCUCAACUCCACCCGGCGCUCCGUCGACUUUGCGCCUCCCGCCGCCAUCAUGACGCCCGCACCGUCAACCUCGCUCUCCCGCACCGAGCUCAUCACCCUCCUCUCCCUCUCCAGCGCAUCCGUCGCCGUCCUCGCAAACACCUUCCAGGGCGAUGGCGAACCCCUCAUCGCCUGCCUCUCCCUCUCCCUGCUCGCCUUCUCCCUCUGCUACGCCAUGAUCCGCUGGCUGGGGCCCACCUUCAUGCGCGCCGGCUUUCGCGGCCGCGACAUGAGCAAGGCGCACAAGCCCGAGAUCCCAGAGUGCAUGGGUGCCAUCUGCGCCGCCGUCUACCUCAUCACCGUCAUCGUCUUCAUCCCGUUUCCCUUCUACAAGGACAUCGUCGCCGCCACCAGCGGUGGUGGAAACCGUGAUGUGGUCGUCAAGCUCGAGGAGAUCAACCAAGGCCGCUUCUUGCACCGCUUCCCCCACAACAAGCUCGCAUCCUACCUAAGCGCCAUCAUCUCCCUCCAGACCAUCGCGCUCCUAGGCAUUGGCGACGACCUCUUCGAUAUCCGCUGGCGUCACAAGUGGUGGAUCCCCGGCCUCGCCUCCAUCCCCCUCCUCGUCGUCUACUUUGUCGACUUCGACGUCACAUCCAUCGUCAUUCCCGUCCAGCUCCAGCCCUACCUCGGCGAGCUCUUCGACCUUGGCGCCCUCUACUACCUCUACAUGGCCUGCGUCGCCAUGUUCUGUCCCCAGAGCAUCAACAUGCUGGCCGGAAUCAAUGGCAUUGAGGUCUCUCAGUGCGUCGUCAUCGCCGUCCUCCUCGCCUUUAACGAUUGCCUCUACCUCUUUACGCCCUAUCCCCACCCCGCCACCGACUCCCACCUCUUCUCCCUCUACCUCCUUCUUCCCUGGAUCGGUGUCUCUUGCGCCCUGCUCUACCACAAUUGGUACCCCGCCAAGGUCUUUGUCGGCGACACCUACUGCUACUUCUCUGGCAUGGUUUUCGCUGUUGUCGGUAUUCUCGGCCACUUCUCCAAGACGCUCGGUCUACUUCUCGUCCCUCAGAUAUUUAACUUCCUCUAUUCCUGCCCCCAGAUCUUCGGCCUCAUCCCCUGCCCUCGCCAUCGACUCCCCAAGUUCAACGCCCGCACCGGCCUCUUGGAACCCUCAAUCACCCCCUGGUCCGCCGAGCGCCAACCUCACCCCCUCGUUGGUCAGGUCCUGCACCUCCUCGCGAAGCUCCGCCUUCUCAAGGUCGCCACCGACGAACAAGGCCGCUUCGUUGAGACGAGCAACUUCACCAUCCUCAAUCUGUGGCUCGUCUGGCGCGGACCCCUGCGCGAAGAUCGCUUGGCCUGGGAGGUGACGCUCCUCCAGCUUGUAGUUGGCCUCUUCGGCCUCUUCGUUCGGCAUCGCCUGGCCCUGUUGGUAUUUAAGGAAGACAACUGGGGCACGGUGCGCCACGGAUGAUUCGAGCCUGGAUCUACAAGAAAAAUCAUACAAAAACGACGCCGCAUCCGCAUGUAUACUAGAAUAGAAGAAAGACAGGAGGCCAUGAUCCAAAGUCGUACAACUGAUAGCCACCAUAGACACAGCAUUUGAUUAAAAUGAUACCCCGACA